CCGCUUGCAUCUCCUCUUGGAAAAGAAGAGCUGGAGAGAAGUGCCCAUAAGGAUCAGGCUGUGGCCCUCAACUGGCAGAGGCAGCCAUGGGAGAGUGGGGGUUCUUGAGCUCCCUUCUGGAUGCGGUGCAGGAGCACUCGCCCAUGGUAGGACGUUUCUGGCUGGUGGUGAUGCUCAUCUUCCGCAUCCUAAUCCUGGCCACAGUGGGCAGCGAUGUCUUUGACGAUGAGCAGGAAGAAUUUGACUGUAACACGCGGCAGGUAGGGUGCAAGCAGAUUUGCUACGACCUGGCUUUUCCCAUCUCCCACUACCGCUUCUGGGUCUUUCACAUUGUGGUGCUCUCUGCCCCAGCCGUCCUCUUCGUCAUCUACUCCAUGCACCAGACCACAAAGAUUAACCGUAGCCAGGAAGAAGUUGAAGAGGGAGAGACUAACAAGGCUGGACAGAAGGGCCAAGCAUGCUUCAAGCUCCAGCCCAGUCAACGCAGCCAAAACAUCCAAACCUUUUAUAUGGUUAAUGUCGUGGUGAGGAUCUUGGCAGAGAUCGGCUUCCUUAUAGGGCAGUGGAUGCUUUAUGGCUUCCAGGUGGGAUACCAGUACAUCUGUAAGCAUCCUAUGUGCCCUCAUUUGAUUGACUGCUUUGUCUCUCGGCCAACUGAGAAGACCAUCUUCAUCCAGUUCUACUUCAUGGUGGGGCUGGUUUCAGCUUUGCUCAGCUUGGUGGAGUUGGCGCAUCUCUUCUUCAAGGACCGGUGCAGGAGACGCCGCACUAUCGCCCCUCCUGCCUCUGCCUCUUAUGAACAGCAGGACAAUUGGUCCAACCAGAAACAUGAAAAAUCUCAGCACUUUCUUGGCACGACCGACGACGGAGCCAAUGGUAUGCCAGCUCAUGAUGGGAUUCCCAACCGCUAUGAGCCCCCAGCCCACUUCCAUCACAAAAGCUCCACCAAGAGCAGCAGAUCUUCUCGCUCUUGUGCCAGAGCCGACUUGACAGUGUAA